AUGCUUGCUGUUUGGAUUCCACAUUCAGUAAGUGUUGAUAGCGGGGAAACUAGAGACGCAAAUAUCUUGUUUUUCAAUAUGGCGAAUGAAUGAUGCCCUGUAGGCCAGAACUUCACCAAAGUUACACUAGCGUAUGUCUCGAGGCCAGAAGUAUGAAUUGAAUUUUGCGCUUGUCCAUUGGCCAUCAAGGUGAGGCAGCAGUGCGUGAGGUUUUUUUGGCGUCAUGUUCCAGUCUCCAAGGCUCAACCACCACUUCGCAACAACCACGUGAACCAUCUCAAUAGAGUCAUCAAAUUCGCGCGGGAGAGCGCAAGCUGGCGCUUACGAUCUCUCGUGCUUAUACUGCUCAUCUGAACUUCGCCAAAUCCAGAUUUACCCAUCUUGCUCGCAAAUCACCCCGUCACCUCCAGAUCUCCGCAGACCGCCAGGAACCUCGACGCUUUCAAAUUACAGCAGGUUGACUGCAGCUGUAUCCAACAAUCGCGGAAAACCCUUCUCCAAGCAUCUCUCGAGGUCACCGCUGAAGACCCAAAAUCACUCUUGCCUUCGCACUCACGGUGCCAUUUCUCCAAGCACACCAACAACCACAACCAACAUCUCACGAUCAUCGCAAUCAAAAGCCCUCGCCAUGUGCAAAUACGCUCAACGCAAGCAUGAGAAAUGCGGUUGCACCACACACCAAGUGAUCAAAAAAUGUUUCGAGGCACGCGUCAAUGAUAGCAACUGUCCUGUUGACAGGAAGGAAGAGUUUUUGACCCGGAAAAGCUGCACAGUAUGUGGAUUCCAUGCAGAAGACCUAGCAGAGGAGGAUCUGGUCAAGGCAGGGUUCAAGUUUGGAUUUGAGGGGAAACGAAUUAGGAUGAUGAAGUUGCAAAGGGAGAAGCAGUUGAAGAUUAACGAAAUUCUGGCUAAGAACAAUGAGAAAGAGAGACCGGAGACAGAAAGGGGACGGAAGAUGCAGCGGGAAAGACUUGACAAGAUGGAGUGCGACUGA